UGGCGACGCUCACUAGACGGUCACACUCCGUUCAUAAUAUACAGCGAAAAAAGUCGUGCGUGCGGGCGAACGCCACAAAAUAAUUAAACACUCCCCGAAUAACACAACUAAACUAGUGCAAAACUAACCGACAGUGUGCGCCAAACUCCGCGUUUUCGAUGUAAUUAAACAGAAUCCUAGAGUCGUGCGUUUAAUUCAGCAAGCUGAGCAGUAAAACAGCAAAAGCAAAGCUCCGAGGCGUUGGCCAAAAAGAAGAAAAGCGAAAAAAGAAACGAAGAAACGCAGUGGAAAAGGGAGACGCGAAAGAAAAAAAAUGCAUACAGAAGGAGUGGUGGCGAUUUUUUAAUCAAAGCUGGCAGAAAAACAAAGGUUGUGGCGUUUCAAAUAAGACUCAAAAAUAGGAUAAAAAAAUAUACGAAUUAAAUUUCAAUUCCUGUGUUAAGAGCUAGCGAAGCAACUAACAUUCCAGUUAAGUGAACAUGUUUUUGGCCAGCAUAAAACCAUAAAAUCUGCCGAGCACAUUUUCCCCCGCUCGUGAAACCUCGCACACAUAUACACACCCACACACGCACGCAUAGGAAAAUCGCGAGAAAACCGCGUGAAAAACCAUGUCCAGCUGGGCAGAACGCGUCCAUAGGCGUGCCGCGGAUUUGGGCAACGUGGUGACCUCUUGCGGCCACCCCGCCACCGCCCCGGCCUAUCCGUAUCGCCUGGAAAAGGUCAAAUUCGGGGUGCCACUGGAAGAGGUCUGCAAGCACAACAACAACAUUCCCGGACCCCUGCUCGUCCUGAUCCUCAAGCUGAACAAGGAGUCCCCACAUCGUCGGGAUGUAUUUCGCGCCCCCGGACAUCAGGGCGCUAUGAAGAAGCUCAUCCACUUCCUGCAGGCCGGACGACUGGUGAACGUGGACAACUAUUCGGUGUUCACCAUCGCCAGCGUUCUCAAGAAGUUCCUGCGCAAGAUCCCCAAUGGAAUAUUCGGGCGCAGCGGCGAAAUGGAGCUAUUCGCCAUCAACGAUCUGCAGAACGAAGUCGAGCAAACGGAGCGACUGCACAGACUCUUCGGUUCGCUGCCGAAAUACACACAGCAUCUAUUAGUUUUACUGUUCGGCACAUUCCGGGUCAUAGCGAGCAAUGCGGCCCACGCCUCCACCGGAAUGACCAGCGAGGCGCUGGGCGUGUCCGUGGCCCCCAGUUUCUUUCAAUCCUGCGUCAGCGAUGGCAAGACCGCUCGCAUGGAGGAUGUGCUCAAGUUUAAGGUCUCUACCAAGAUCAUGCAGAAUAUAAUUGAUAAGUUUGCCACACACGACAUUUUUGGGCGUGAUAACUACGAGUACUACGCCCGUGUCACAGGACGCAUUCUCAAGGUGCAGGACGAGUGGAUAUGCAGCUUUCAGUAUCCACCACCGCCACGUGGCAAGUUGGCUCAACAGAAAUACGCAUUGCAACAUUCUUUGGAGGCGGAGAAGACCUGGCUGCAGUGCCAAUGCGAGCGUUGGGGCUUACUGGCCCAGGAGGAGUCCCGCUCGACGCCCGCCCUGCUCACCAGUUCCAGUUCGGCGUUGGAGAACAGUGUCCUCUCGCUGGGCGUUUCGCCGGAGCACUCGUUCAUCGAGAGCUGUGCCCGCCUCUCCGUUUCGCUGGAGGGACCUGGCAUCUUCGCCAUGACCUCCUCCCCGCUGCCGGCGAAGAGGAACGGCAAUGGCAAUGGCAAUGGCAACGGCAACGGCAAUGGUAAUGCCACGGACUACGACUACGAUGACUAUGCCGACGACGAUGAGGACAACGAUGAGCUGGACGGAGUUCAUGACUUUGGUGCCGAGUUGGAGAUCAGCAGCAUAGCCCCGCCGCAGGGAAGUCGCGGCAUAUAUCGCCACAAGCAGCGGGCCCAGCAGCCACAUCACUACCAACAACAACAGCAACAGCAGCAGUUGCAGCAGCAGGUACAGCCGCAUCAGCGGGACUACGAGGACGACGACGACGAGGAUGAGGAUGAGAUGACCUUUGUGAAGCGGCGCUAUCGACAGAACAAAAAGAAACCGGCGCCGCCGAGCAGCAGCCAGCAUCAGAGGCGGUUGCGCACGGGCACCAAGAGCCUGGACGGCGGAGGUGGAGGAGGAGGAGAAAGGCGUCCGAGCUUGGGAUCGGUAUCGGGAUCGGGAGCACCAGUGGGAGCUCCGUCAGGAACAUCGGCUGGCAAUCCCACGCCGCCCAAGCUCAAGCAGCGAACCUGCAGCCGCUGCAAUCGGGGCAUACGACACAGCAGCUCAUGCAGCUCCAACUCGGCCGGAGCAACUGGCUCCAACUGCGUCGGUGGCGGCAAUGGCGGAGCUGGAACCGGAAAUGGAGGAGGAGGAGGAGGAGCCGAGGGCGGCAUGACCAUGGAGGAGCUGAGGGCCGUCAACCGAUAUGCGGAGAGCACCAAGAGCCUCUCGUAUCUGCCACAGGUCCAUGAACGCCAAACCGCACGCAUGCGCACUCGCUCCGAAUGGUUCCUGGGUCCCCGGGAUGCGGUGGUCACGUUGCAAUUGCCGGCGGACACGUGCAGCAAUUGCUGCCUGGCCGCGGCCGCCGGGUAUUUGGGCGGCGGCAGCACAAGGGACAUGAGACAGGCUCAAACGGAAGGCGAGAGGAAUCAGGCGGCGCUGCUCUACCACUUUUAUCGCAGGCAGCAACAACAGCAACAACAGCAGCAGCAGGAGCAACACUUUGACGACAUGAUGGACACCGAGGACAGCUACGGACAGCAGAAGGAGCAGCAGCAGCAGCAGGAGCAGCAGCAACAGCAACAGAUACAUUCCAAGGGCCUCUUAAGGCCACCGCCCAUGCAACAUCAGCAGCAACAUCAGCAACGUCGCCUCCUGCUGGACGUCAAUUCGGUUGGCAACAUCCGUUUGAGUAACAGCGCCGAGUCCAUUCAGUAUGCAGCCCGACGACCGGUCGCCAGUCUUGGCCUCAACUCCGGCCUUGGAGGCGUCACUACCACCACCAGCACCCACAAUCCCACCACCCGGCGGCUGCUCAUCAGUGUGCCGCGCCAGUAUCGAUCCUCGCUGCGGCGCAACAAGGAGAAGCAGAUCGGCGGCAAUAGUCAGAGCAACAGUAGCAAUAGCCUGGGCAGUGAUCAGUUGACCGGCAAUCCUGGAGCAGCUGCAGGAUCGUCCGGUGUCGGUGUUCCGGUGCUGAACAAGCCCCUGCUGAUGGUCGGUCUGCUACCAGGCGCCGAGCAGCCUCCGUCGGUGCGGAAUUCCAUUGCCGAGUGCGGCAUCUCCACGCCGGAUGCCAUGGAUGUGGGUGUGGAGUGCAGCACCACGCUGAGCUUCAAGCCGCCGCGGCUGUAACAAGGACAACCGUCAAUUGAACCGAGAGCUGCAGAUUCCCAGGACAUCUGGCAUAAAACUACUCUAGAUUUAACCAUUUUUAAGUGAAAACAAUUUUUUAAUACGUAUACUUCCCACACAAACAAAUACACAGAAAAACGGGGUAUCGAAUCGAUCUCUGGAGAAUUAAGGAAAUCAUAUGUUAAAAAAAAAGUAUAAAACUGGUUGGUGCAGCAGAAAUCUUGCAGGAGGUCUGCUGAAUGCUUAAUCCACUUAGAUACUUGAGCAGCCGCUGCACCGUUUACAUCCAAGUUUAUCUUUCAAUAACCACUGAUAUUGUUAAAUCUCUAGAAAUUGCCGUGAGAACCCAAAAACAUCAUAUAUGUUAGGUUAUGGUAAAUAUAUGUAUUUAAUGUGUAUAGCAAGAAAAGGCUGAUUUUCUUUAGUUAAACAAACAAAACAUAAAAAAAACCAUAAAAAACGAACGAAUUAAAAGAAGAAAUGUACAACUUAAACUAACUAUAUAAUGCAACAAAUUGCCAAAUUUUAUUCAUUUCGUUGUGUGAAUUAGGUUGAUUUUACUUUAUGUUUUAGCCAAGAAUCUCCUAAACUUAAACAUUGUCAAGGUAAAAAUAAACGAAGUUUUCACCUGAUCGCAAACCGAAACAACGAUACAAAAAAUAGAAGAAUUUCUUAGCUCUGUAACAUCUGAACAAUCCAACCAAUCGAUUUCAAGGCCGACUCUCUGUCUUUUUAAGAACCAUUACAAAAUACUACUUAUAAGCUAUCCGAAAUUUAAACUAAUCAAAUGAACAGAGCCCCUUAAAUGCAAUCAUAGACCCAAACUAACUACUACAGAUUUACAUUCAUUUUUGAUACAGACAAGUACAAAAGCAAAACUAAACAGAAACCAAUCGAAAAACAUGUAAUAUAAAUUCAACAUUAUUCUUACAAAGAUAAAAGCAACAAAUCGUAGCAUUUAAUAUAUAGUUAAGCGUUUUCAAAUUAUACUUGUAAUUGCGAACGGAAAUCAAUUUCUAAUGAUGUUAUCGUUAAUAGUGCUAUGUGUACAUACAUUCGUGAAUGUCUAUGUGUCCAAAAUAUAUAUAAUAUGUAUAUUUACUACACGAUAUGCAAAAACAGCCCAUCCCGCGGGGAAUCAGAACUAAAAAAAGAAAACUAAAACAAACGAGGUAAUUCCAAUUUAUAUAGAAACCGAUUUAUCGAUCCCUUAACGACUAGUUUUAAAUAGUUCCAAUCCAAGUAUACGGUCUGCUGAAGGUCCCUUUGGACCCGAAGCAGAUCUAUUUCCACUGCCCCGUAAUUUAUAAAAGUUCUGUUUCCUCCUCAUCCCAGACUUGGAGAUUUUUCAGCCUAAAUUGAAAAAUUCUUUGCGAAGUUAGAGAACGAAACAAUUUCCUCGCUGUGUUUUGCCACAUUUGGUGUGUUUGUUAAAUUAAAUUUACAUAAUUAAUCUUAACGUUAGCUAAGGAAAUAAAAAUAAAAAACUUAUUUGGCCAUUUCAUACGUAGUAUGAAACGCAUCCAUUAAUUAUAAAAACUAGUUCAUAAAGCUCUGAAUGUUGCCCAGAACAUAGAAAUAACAAA